CCCAAACUGGCAACAGCAGCAGCUCGCUGAUAAAACGUUAUUAUUUGAACAAACAAAUUAACACAUUUACCCAAGAACAAAUGAGUGUAUCUGUGUAAAACACAAGGGAAUAUUGUUGUUAUGAAGUCCACACGAAUGCGUAAAACCCAAAGAAAACUUGUAUCAAAUAAGAAAAAAUCAGGAAUGAAUGCAUUUGACAUGAAGUUAAACUCCUUUUUGACUCGUCUGUUCAAAUUAGACGAACGUUUGUCGCAGGAUUUUAGUCUUUGUGCUACCCCAGACAGCCGUUUGGGUUACUUGAGACCUUUAAUGAAAUUGUUAGAGAUCAGCUGCCAUGGAAUCCCGUGGCUGUUGGGCACAGUGAUAAUAUUUGUCUGUGUCCAUAAACCUGAAGAUGUUGAAAUCCUUGUUAAUUUAUUUUUUGUUCUCAUCUUUGAUCUUAUUUGUGUUGGGCUGGUGAAGAUAUUGGUACGACGCGAAAGACCUGCUAUCAACAAAAUGGACAUGUUUGCUACCGUUUCCAUUGAUUUAUUUUCCUUCCCUUCUGGCCACACAACUAGAGCAGCAAUGCUAGCUUGGUUUUUCACCGACAAAAUCUUUACUUCCUACAUAUCCAGUUAUGCAGUGGUUGUGUGGGCUAUAGCUGUUGCAUGUUCUAGAGUGUUACUGGGACGACAUCAUGUGUCUGAUGUAGCUGCAGGAUUUCUGAUGGGACUUCUGGAAUAUUAUGUGUAUUUGAAGAUGUGGGUGCCACGUGAAAUGUGUUUGGAAUGGUUAGAACCAUACUUUGGACAUGUACAUUUGUAGCUGAUCUUAUGACUGAAUUAUCUUUCAAAAUAUGAAAUUUUUUCAAUUUUGAAUUUUAAAUUUUAGAUUGUAUUCAAUUACUUAAAUUAUAAAUGGAACUUGUCCCAAUUUUAAUUUUUUGUAUGCAACACACAAUGCAAUUGUACAGAUUUACUUCUUGCAGCAGUUCAAUUUGGCAGCAAUCUCAACUUACUAAUGCAAAACACAAAACACUACACUGUACAGUUUUAAUAAACAUGUUUUUGCUUUCAGCAAUCUUUGA